GUCCUUAAACCACAGUGGAGAGUAUUGAGUGUCGACUGACCCGAAGUGAUCCUGGAAGUAUACUGAAGCCAGGAAUACAGUAUAGCUGGAUGUGAUAUGAUGUAUUAAGAGGCUGUGUCUGGAAGAAAACGCUAUUGUGAUAAACAUGGCAGGAGGCAGGGGACUCAUCGAGACCGUCCACGUAUAGUAAGAAUCCGAGCGAAAAUGGGCGGAAAAGCGAAGAGGAAGUCGCGGUCUGAGAGUGAGCACGAGGAUGGCCUGUGCUGCUGCGAGUAUAUUAACCAGAAUGGGCAGCGGAGCCACCUGGCAGCCUGUCUGUGUGAUUGCGCGGAUCUGGACGAAGCCUGUGACGGAUGGAUUAUGUGCAAGCCCUCAGAGCCGCAGGUCUGGGCCCGUGCUGUGGAGACGGCAGCGGACCGUUUCCGAGUUCCGUGGAUUCGUGGGGCCAAGAAAGUUGAUGUGAGCCUUAUUCCCCCGCUGCUCCUGCUACCGAUCUGCCUGCACAUUGCCGCACUCCAUAUUCUGCUGGCUGUGGUUAUCCUGACCUCCCUCCCGGUGCUGGUGAUAUGGUAUUACCACCUCACUCACCAGCGUAAGGGCAAGACCCUUCUGUUCCUGAGCCUGGCCUUGUUCUCUCUGGGAUACAUGUAUUACACGUUUGUGCAGGAGAUGUUUUAUAAAAGUAACAUCGGAUGGGGCCAUUUCUCCGUGAUUAGCUGCGGCUUGCUGCUGACCAUUCUAUUUCUAGUUAAAGCGAAACAAGACCCUGGCUACCUCAUUAGAAGCGAAAAGACCACUUCAAUAAAGCCUGAGGCUAGCCAUGAACUGGCCAACGGCUUCCAGUCAGUUAGAAGCGCGAGUUUGAAGGAAGACAUUGCUCUGUUAUAUGGAGAGAGUCAAAUCCCUGAGAAGAACUGGUGUAACACCUGCCAGCUCAUAAAACCCCCACGCAGCGGCCAUUGCAGGAUCUGCGGAGCGUGCGUUCGCCGGAUGGAUCAUCACUGCGUGUGGAUUAAUAAUUGCAUCGGGGAACAGAAUCACAAGUUCUUCAUCCUGCUUCUCCUCCUGUUUCAGUUCACCUCCAUAUACGGCAUCACAGUGACACUGAGAAUGAUCUGCAGGGGUCAGAGUAUUUUCACUGCCCUGUUAUACUGCCCAGGGGUGUAUGCGGAAUACAGCUCUUCUUUUGCCUUCACCUGUGUGUGGUACUGUACCAUCGUCACGGCUGGCAUGGCCUACGUUCUGCUUAUUCAGCUACUAAACAUCAGCUACAACAUCACAGAGAGGGAGGCUCGCAUUGCCCUGCGGGAGAAGACUGGGAGGCGGAUAUUGGGAGGCCUGGUAGUAGAUACAGGAAGAUACAAUCAUGGAUUCUUCCAGAACUGGCUGCACUUCUUGUCGCUUGAGUCUCACACUGCGCGGUACGACGUGACAGACAUUGUAUAGAGCGUGAAUCACAUUAUCAUAACCGAAUCAGAGUGCCUUAUUCACAUGGGAUGAGGCGACAAAACCUUCUGUGUCUUAGACCGUUAUACUGCGCAUUGUAUAAAUAACCAGUUUUGUAAUUUUUAUUAAAACUUUAUACUUUUGA